AUGUCUUUCCUUCAUGGUGUUCUUGAGACUGUGAAGGAUGAUGAAAGUGUUACAACUUAUGAUAAUUAUGAUGCUUUGAAGAUUGAUAAAGUUAUUAAUGGUUUACAUGAUAGUGUAGGUCAAGGCCGUCAGGCCUUCCAGGCCGCCGUGUCUCAGGUGGACACAUUGAGCAAGAAAGUGACUGGAGGAUUAUCUGCACUUAUAGGUGACGGGAAAUACUACAAGGAAGUGGCGGGACGAUCGGGGAAGGAGCUGCAGGAGCAGCUGAGGGAGUGGAAGGAGACACUCCACGACAUUUUCAAUGACUUAAAUAACACUGAAACUAAUGUUGAUUUACUUGAUAGCGCACUUAAGCACAAAUUAGCUAGUGAGGUACGGCCGAUCAAGGAGGCCGUUAAGGUGUUGCAUGACAGUGCUGAGAAUGACCUGUUCGUGGAGCAAGUCAAGUUGGUGGACGAGGAGUUGGUGAAGCAGUUCUCGAAGAUGUGUAGUGGAAUUGGGGAAUUGAGAAAUGAGAAUGUAAAACGCCUUGUGACUGCGAAACGUGCCGUCGUAUUGGCCAAAGAAAUGGUUGAAAGUGAAUUGGGGCGUGUUACAGGUACUCAUCGAAUUGAGAUUUUAAAUCUGUUUGAUGCUAUUAGGAAGGAUGUUAGAGAUGUGUAUUUAAGUUUAAACAAUAAGAAGGUGGAGCUGAAGAAUUUGGUUGCACAGGCUCGGGAGGCCUUUGGGACAUUGAAAAUAAAUACAGUUAGCAAAGGAUCCCGUAGUUCAGAUGAUAAGAGUGUUGAUUAUAAUUGGGACAUGCUUAAAGGGGAAAUUAAAUGGCUUGUUGACAAAGUCAAUGGAAGUAGUAACAAUCCAAACAAAUAUGAAGGCCUUAAGGGUAUUAAGAGAAGGGUAGAGGAGUAUGCGGAGAAAUUUAGAGAAAGUGUUAUGUUUAAUGGUGUGGUGGAGCAGUGGAUCACGAAGAUUCUGGAGAAGGAACCACUGAAGGGUAAGCUUGCGCAGUACGUGAACUCUAAUAACGCUCAGCCCCAAGUUGACAUGAAUUCAACCAAUAUAGGUUAUAUUGCAACAGUUAUUAGAACUCAUCUUCGCUUCCAAAUUAAUGCAGCGGUUCAAUCUUUCAACAAUCAGGUAGAAGCAAACGGUGCCAACAACGAAAUCACAAAGAAUGUUGCAGCCGUGAAAAGCGUCUGCGAAGCGUUCUCCAGACAAAUAGGAAGUUCAAUAGGCACAACGAUUCGACUCACCGACAUUGUCUCCGGAAUCGAGACUCAGCUGCGGCCGCGUGGCCGAUACUCCGGUGCUUCUAUUUCUCCCAAUCAAAACUGUGAUCUUACAGCUACCGUUGCAACUAUUAUAGCCGCUAUCCAAUCCGAAUCUCAACAGGUUAGUGACGAACUGCAGUCGUUCACGUCUAAAGCCGAAAUGAGGUUUAAUUACGACCUCGGCAGGAACGUGCAUAACGCUAUAACUGAUAUUGAUAAAAUCAAACAGCAAUUUGACGGCAACGAAGACGAGACAAUAAACGGAGGAUCAAAUACUGAUUUCGGUAAUAAGAUAGACAAGGCAUUGGAAGCCGUGAAGGAACCAAUUAAGAAGCUUGAGACAUUAUUAACAGAAGGUGUUGACGGUUCAAUUGAGCAUAAGCUUAUCAAUGAAACUUACGGCCUUCAGAAGGUCCUUAACGAGCUUGACGGAAUUACGAAAGAACACGGUGAUGAUGGUAAAAUUAAGAACAAGAUGAAUGCAGCGGAAGACAUAAUGGAUGUUUUGAAAACAAAACUCAGAAACCAACUCAAAGCGAUUGAAGUAGCCGUUAACAACGCUGAUUCAUGCUUCAACCACUAUAUCAAAAUUCUUGAAGCAGUCGUACAAGCAGUGCAGGAUAGAGUCACCACCCAAGUCCGCUCCCUCUUCACCAACCAAAAACUCGCCGACCUCUCCGCGCUGCACAAACUGGUCGAACGCCAAGCCAAAAAGAUCGCAAACAUCAUUUUCAGUGAUACGACCAACGGCCUCAAAGGUUUACUAAAUCACAUGGGAACGUGGUUACCGCACAAUAAAUCACCUGUCAUCUUCAAAAAUCUAACAUACUUUAAUGAUGUCGCCGUCGACAUUAAGUAUCUCCUAGAUGCCCUCCUCUCCUACACCGCCGAACAGGUCAAGACGCCGAGCAAGGGGAAGAAGGGAGAGAAAGAAGAGAGUGAGGGGUCCAAGAAAGUUCAGGACAUCAAAUCGGCAGUCGACAAAUUACUCUCCCACCUCUCCAAAUCUGACAAACUCUACAACUUCGACUAUGAAUUCCAACAAAAACUCUCCCAACUCACCGACGCAGUCAACGCCCUGCACGCCGAAAAAUUCGCCGGCCACCAGAAUCCAGAAUUGCUCGACGCGCUGAAGAAAGGGAUGCUUGGCAUUACCGGCGAGUUGGGACACGCGUACGUUAAUAGGUAUGAUAGUCAGAAAUUCACGGAAAACUUAGUCGACGCUAAAUAUGAAUUAACCCCCUCAAAAAAUACCACAAUCAUAACGCUGAGAGAUUAUGGACGGAAGUGUUCUAAAGUCUUCCUCACCAUCUUAAACAUUGCUCAAGACGCUCUAAGUAGGCUGCACUAUAAGUGUAAUGGUGACUGGAAAAACAAAAAACUCUGUAAAAUUGAAAAUAACGACGAGAAUCCCCUUGGCAAAUUCUUACAUGACUGCGGUUUCGAGGUCGCCAAAAAUGAGACAUCCAAGGACGGCGAAUUACAUCAUGAGAGUGUAUGGAAUGGGAAGAAGAUACAUGAGGAUUGCCUUAAGACCGUUCAAGACGCCACCAACGAUGAACAUCUUAAAGCGUGCGCAUCAAAAGACGGCAACAUUAAAGUGCUAGACAUCCUUAAAUGCCUUAUAACUCACCUUAACCAAUAUAACCAAGUCUGUCACAUAGCAACAUUCACCGCCACUAGGACACCCUGCAGUAUUUUUGAUAUGCUGUGUUGGCUGUCCGGACUUCCGCAUAAUGCAGUAUUCCAGAAACUCACAACACAUUGUAGCUCAUACGACACAAAAGGUGACACCGAUUUACGGAAGCGUUUGUUAGACGCCGUAGCAUAUAGUUUCCCCAACAUCGGCAAGUAUUCACAUAAUAUGUUGACCACUAUUGUUGGCACUGGAAACGCCGAUACCAUAUAUGGCUCUGACCUCGCUAACAACUCUCUUAAAUUUAAAUACCCUGCUUCAGCCGAGGAAUGCAUACAUACUCUGCUUGACAUAUUGCGUAGAUUGUUGCCGGUAUGUAGAUUUUUGUAUAAACAAUGUGGAGUCCGUCCAUCUCAUUUCGGUUGGCGUGAUUGUCAAUACGGCAAAAAUAUUCCCACCGCCAAGUGGCCGUGCACCGACCAUUCAACUGACAAAGCAAAUAGCCAACCAACUGACCAAUCAACGUGCCAACCAACGUGCCAAGCAAAUGAUAAACCAAAUUGUAAACCAACGUGUCAACCAACGUCACCACUAAUGUCUUACUUAAAUGACUGCUUACCGGGCCACUUACCUCAUCAAUUAAUGAGUGUUGGAUGUAUGUCGGUAUGCUCCACCUGCCCUUCCACUUCCAGGAAUGGUAUGCCAUGUUUAACACCAUUUGGCUUUAGAGCCUUUUCUGGGUCAACGAAAACUGGCCGAGAUUUAUGUGAGAUUAUAAAGAAAUUCUUCACCAAUGUGAAUCUUUCAUCCCUCUUUUGCCUGUCGCCCAAACCACCAGUUACCCUUCCAGAGCACUUUGGUUUCGCUUUGUCGCUUGUUGGCCAAUGGGCUGAUACUUCUAGGUAUGGCGUACAGAGUCUCAAAGCUGUAAUUGAAUCCGCAAUUAAGAACAACUCCAUUGCACUUUAUGAUCCGCCGACAGAGCUUAUAAAGGCUCUCACCAACGCUUAUGGGCAUGGCAUAGAAGGCCAUGACGAAUGUGAUGAUACGCAUGUCACUAGUCUCACAUCGUCUGGUACGUGCAACAGCAAGAACACCCACAGCGCUCCCUAUCUGUCGCCUCUUUGCUCCGAUGCGUACAAAUACCUUGCCAACAAAAAUGCUGGUCUGUAUCUGUCGUGGAUUGCAUAUCUCCCAUGGGUAUUUCAACAAUACCUCGAAUGUUUGCUUGAUGCUUUCAAGAACAUCUUCUGCCACGAAUGGGGGUGCCACGUAUGUUUCUAUAACGAUAAGUGCAAAAAAGGAAAGCACGGUGAAUCGGAGCAUCCGUGUCAAUGCAGUUCCAUAGCAAAAUGCAAGGGUGUUGCACCAACUCUAUAUAGUUACGGAUUCACAUUUAACGAUGUGCUUUCAUUGAACGCAUCGAAGUUUGCAACAAAAUGCUCUGACUUCCAACAACAGUUGAGCAAAGUAACAAAAUCCAACUAUUUCACAGAGUUAUUUAAACACUGUGAUGAACUACUCUGGAAAAUCAGAGAACCUUUCUCCCAGACAUUAUUAGCCCUCUGGUCGCUGUCGCUCCUGUACCUGCUGCACAUCGCCGUCGUCCGCCUCGACGUCCUGAGGAUACGCUCCCACCUGAGAUCACCCGCAAGCCACCGCAUCGCCGCCCAGUCCCUCCUCGCCGCCGCACGCGUCAGGGCACUCGCCAACGUCAAGUACUUCUCACCAUAA